CAGAUUUUGACCAAACGGAAGCUGACAGUAAAUUGGUUACUACUUCCAACACCUCAUAAUACAGAUUAUUCUGACAAGUACUAUUACAAAGAUGGACUCAGCAAUGAUGUUUAUAGGAGACCAUGGAUUCGAGUGUAUGUAUUUAUUCCAUGUCACCUGGAAUUGGAACUGAUAGUUUGGAGAUUGUGCCAAGUUCAAAUCCAAGUUCUCAGAUUAUAGAAGAUGUUAGCUCAUUUUUAAGGAGAGAUGUUCUGCACCCUGCCAAAGAUCAGCUGGAGACAUUUCAGGUUAUUGAUCCUGAACAUGUAAAUUCACAAAUUGCAACAGACUGUAAAGAUAAAUAUAUGCUAAAAUUAGAAACAUUUGAAUGCUGUGAAACUAUGAGCUAUUCAUUGAAUAAAAACAAGAAUGAUGCUAAUGAAUUCGCUGCAGAAGUAAAUGAUCCAGUUUGCUGCGAUGUUUAUAGAAGUGUGGAAAUAGAAACCCCUUUGACUCCUCCAUACUCAAAUUAUGCAGAAAUUACUUUAUCAACAAAGGAGCUACAUGUGGAGGAACUUUGUCCAUCAACAUUUAAUGCAGUUUUAACAGGCACAACAACGGAUUUUUUGGACUUUCAAAUAUGGCAAUCAGAAAAUUUCUACAGUUCUUUUCCAUCUCUGAGAUUAGGAGAACCUCAGAUAAAAGAACAUUCCUUGCAUCAUAAACCAGUUUCUGAGUUAAUUUAUCUGCUAAAAGCCUCCCCAGAGGAGCUCAUAAGUGCUGUGGUAAAAAGUUUAUGGGAAGAGUACAUGAAAAUAGCUGCACUUCAGAUUGACGUAAUGGAGCAACUACACUUAGGUCAUGUUGAAACAAAAGCAUCACCAGCUACUAAACUGGAAGAAUUUUCACCAGUUACCACAGUUCACUUGGAAAAAUGUUUUGAAAGCCCCACCUUACUUAAUGAGAAUAAUGUCACCAUUAAAACAUAUUCUGAAGAUGAGGAAAUAGCAUAUUCUCAAACACAUCAAGAUAGAAAUAAUACAAGUCAUGCAUUACCUUUACAAUCACAAAAUGUAACAACCGUUUCUGAGAUGAGUUCCAUUAAUUCUGAAGAUAAAUGUGGUCUCAUGACAAAAGUACACCAAGAAAACUGCGAUCCUCUCAGCAACUUCAUAAUGUUACGAUCAAAGAAGGUGCCAGCAAUUUGUCAGACAAAUAAAGACAAUGAAAAUCAAUUUGCUUCCGUUGGCGAAAGUGUUCAUGACAUUGACAUAAACAGCGAAUUAGUGUCACCAAGGACAGAUUCAGUUCAGGAAAGUGGCCGGCAAAAUUUAAGUAGCACUUUGAUAGAAGUUCCAGCAUCAGCCAGCCAGUGUCAAGCUUAUCAUCUGUUGCAGGCUGCAGCAAUCCCUGUACUGAAAGACCUGAAAGGCUGUGUUAUUUUUGUGGCUGUGACAGAUACAUUUACUUCCCUUGCUUUUGAUCGUACUAGGUUUUUCCUAAAGCACCAGGAGAAGCUAGUGAGUGAUAACAUUAAACAAGAUAAGCAUAAUGAAAAUGAAAUUCGCUUGUACAAGCUUGCAGCAUUUCUUCAUUUAUUAGUGACCAUACGUGAUCUUCUAUUGAUGUGUGACCUGGACACGACAAUAGGUUACUUAUUCAGAGCUAAAGAAAAGUAUAUAAGCACUUUAGGUGCAUGUCUAGAUGAUAUCUGGAAGAAACUCCGCAUUGUGCAAUAUGUAAGUCAGAAUAAACAGGAGAGUUACCCCAAAGUAGCUGAACUUCAGAAUCAGAUAAUAAAAAGGUUACAAGCCUCUCACAUGAGUCAACGCAAGGUAGUAAUCAUCAUUAGGAUGGAUUCAGACUGUGGUAGAGCUACACUGAUGAACACCCUUAGCAACAUAGAAGACUUAAAACCUGCUGUAGUUCUUCCUGAAGAAACUGCCACUUUGACUUGCCAGAAAGUUUUAAACCGUCUAGAAAAUUAUUCCUGUUUGGUAGUUUAUAGUCAUCACAUUGGAGCAGAUUUUCCUUGGAUUCAGUUCUCUUUGGUGGUAGAGUAUGAUUAUGUGGAGAACUCAAGCUGGGCUGAGCUCUGCAAGCAAAAAAAUAUAAAUCAUAUCAUCUUUAAAACUGUAGUACCCAGAGGUCCAGACACAGGAAAUAUAUCAGCCAUUCACUCUGAGUUCUCACUGAUGGAGCUUCACAUUCCUCAUACAUUCCUGAUAUCUGAAGGCUUGUUGAAUUCUCCAACUGUGCUCCAAAUUCUGGAGUCAAGGUACAAUAUCACUCUUUUGGAGAGAACCACUAAUGAAACGUUACGCUUAUUUGGGGGAACAGAUCACUAUGCUGUUAUAACCGUGGAUGAACGCACAGCAAUAAUAUUGCAGGAUAUUGAAGAGCUGACUACUGAAAAAGCAUCAGAUUUUAUUAUUCAAAGGCUCACAACUCUGGCACUGCAGUACAGUUGUUGCUGGCUUAUUUUUUAUCCAAAACAAAGCCUAGACUCACAGUACUGUUUGAAUGAGAAGGUUUUUCACAAUGUUACCUUGAUCUAUUCAGCAUUAGUACUAUUCGUGCUGAAAUCUGAGGAAACUGAAAUUAAGGUUGUAAUUGCACCAGGAGCUACGGAGACAACCCAGCUGGUUUGCCAAAUAGCAGAUUUCACAUUGGUUUCAAGCAACCAAGAUCCAUUCAUAUGGCUUGACAGGUCAUGGCUUUCCACUGUUCCAUCAGAGGAUGAGAAGCAGCUGCUUAAUUUCCCUAGUUUAAAUUCACUUGUGGCACAACUAAUGUUGAGAAGAACUCCAUCAAUGUUGUGGCUGUUAUCAGCAUCUUUAAAUGAACUGCAGGACGUUCUUCCCGAGGUACCAGAAAAAGUUCUGAAGCUUUUCAGUGAGAUUACUGCAUUACAUCAUCUUAGCUCAUCCCAGGAAACAAGAAAAUCUUCUGAACAAAAUGUGUUAUGCUUUAGCUCUUCCACAUCUGAAAUGGCUAACCAUCAGUUUUACCCAGACAAUGAAAUGGUGAAGAAUAUCUACUCCACCAAAGAGAGUCCUAAAGAAUCAGAAGGUCUGAAAAUGACUAGUAUUCAUGGAGCAAGGGAUCUGUGGAAAUCUGGUAACAUUUCCUUGGAUGCACCACCUCUGAACUUAAGUCCAGUUUUCAAAGCCAGCACAACUACCAAGUCACCAAGCUACUGGUUGAAUAACUGCAGGCAGUCAGAAAGCAGGGAAAUGUCAGUAAACCUGGUGAGUGAGGAAGUUGACCUAUAUCAUUGUUUUGAAAAUUUGCAAAAUAAUGAUGAGGUAGAACACACAAACUGUGCCAGCUCUAGGAACAUUCUUCCACUUGCAAGCACUCAUCAGUUAGGUUCGCUGAGCAAUAAAUUAUUUGAUCCACUGAGUCAUUUAGUAUCAGAGAAUAACUCAAAUCUUGUGGAUACUGACAUUUAUUUUAAAAAGACUGGUGUACCUCCAGUGGAUUGUAUUUACAUGGGUGGGUACACACAGAUGGCAGAAAACAAGUUUGAGAAAAGUCUACAAGAUACAGGCAAUAAUUCACAGUAUGGCUUCUUUUCUCAGCAAGAUAUGGGUGUUCUUCCCCAUGGGUUGAAUGGCAAGUCUAAUAACUUUGUAACAACGCAUAAGGAAUUGACCGAGACUUAUCAUCCCAUGAGCUCUAAUCAUGUUUUCCCAUUCUCAUCUAAAAAACAUUUGGAUGAUUCGUUUUACACAUUCAAUGAACCUUUCUGUCACCAGAACAGAGCUAAAGGGACUAACCAUGAACAGUUGCCAAGUGGUAGACCUGAAUUUACAGAUCAUGACUCGCUUAGUUUUGACAAACCUGACAUUUGUAACAAUGUUUAUUUUCACCAUAAAGUAAAUGAUUUUUUCAAUGAUAUUGGGGAAGAGCAUACCUUCAAUCAAGAAUCUGUUAGAAAAGGACAGAAAAGACAGUACAUAGCAACAACUAUGAAUGAAUGGACAAGGUCUCUUUCUAAUAGUAUGGAAGAAUCUUUUUCAGAUACUGAAGCAUUUUUUCCACAUUCAGCAAGUUCACCAGAAUUGAAAUGCAGAAUUCUACCAGAAGUGAAGAAAAGAAGACUUGCAAUUGAAAAAGUUCCUGGAAGAACUGAUGGGCAGACUCGCCUCAGAUUCUUUUAGAACAAUUUUUAAAAACUUCAGUUUUGAUUUGAUUAAUUUAAAUGUGAUGGUUAUGCAGUGUAAAUUGAGAGUUAACCAACAAAAUGUAUGCUAAAGUGUUUAUCUGUUAAAAUAUUAAAUUAACUUUGAAAGGUAUGUUGAAACUUUUCAUGAUAUUUAUCAUUUUUAUUAAUUGUAUUGAACAUUGUUGAAGUUUUACAAUUGAUAUGUAAGCAAAUGUCAUAUGAAUUAUAAUCUUGCAUGAUUGUACUACUUUCCUACCAUUGUGAAGCAUUGCCAAUUCCUUUAAACAGGUUGAUGUUGCUUUGUGGAGAUUUGUGAUAUAUAUGAUUAUAUGAUAUAUAUGUACAAUGUCUGAAAUACAUCUUAUGGAAAUGUUUGUUUGAUGAUGAA